AUGGAGAGGGUAAAGUUUCAGAAGUAUGCUGCGCUGGUCAUGCUUAUUUUAACGGAUAUAAGGAUACUACGCACUGCAGAAGGAACACUUGGUCGAGAGUUUUACAUCGGAGUGCUAAAGCCGUAUGACAUAAAUUCCAUACACAAUGUUACCCUGCUAAUUACAUCAGCAAACAACAGCGGCAAUAUACACAUUCAAGUACCGCAUUUACAAAUAAAUACAACAAGUAGGUUUAAUGGUAAUUUCGAGUUUAACUUACCGAAGUCGAUCAUUCAGUCGACUAACAACACAGUGGAACACAGAGGAAUUCGCGUGAAAACUGACGUUGAUAUUUCACUCUUAGUUUCGACAUCUGGUUCUAGUGACGUCUACGAGACAUUUCUAGCACUUCCGACGACCAUAUUGUCAAGUUCUUACAUUAUAUCGUCGUAUACAACAACGACAUAUUAUAAAAGCUUUAAUAGUAAUUUUUUGAUAGUAGCCACAGAGCCAAACACAACUGUGUCUCUAACAAGCACACAUCUUGGUCAGUUUUCACAAUCGGUAUCCAUGAAUCAAUAUGACACAUGUCUUUAUGGGUCUGUUCAAGAUGUUAGUGGCAUUACCAUACGAAGUAAUAAAGCUAUCGCCGUUUUUUCCGGACAUGAAGCUACAGGCGUACCAUAUAAUUGCGCAUAUGGCCGUUAUCUAGUUGAACAACUUUUGCCUAUCAAAAUGUUUGGUCACGAAUUUAUUGUUCCGCCUGUCGCACCUAAAUCUGGGUUCGUGGUUAGAAUAUAUAGCGCAGAACAAAACACCACUUUGCAUUAUAUCAAUUCAACGAGUUAUGGAAGAGAAGUACUAAGAGAACCAGACCGUUUUUAUGAACUUCUUUGCGCGAACGAACCAAUUAAAAUUCAGUCAGACAAACCAGUGCAAGUUGUAUUGUACAGCACUUGUUACUCAUACAACUCUACAAGUAAGUUAGGGGACUCUUUCAUGACAAUUAUUCCUGCAAUACAACAAUAUAAAAAUACAUAUCAUUUCACCAUGCCUUCACUAUUUGGUGGAUAUGGUUAUCUGGCUAUAACGGCAAAUACAUCACACAUGACAACAGGUCUAAGACUAGAUGGACAACUUAUACAUGAUCAAAUAUACAGAUAUGACGCAUCGCCUCUUAGGGGCAAUUAUUCCGUGCGCAUAUAUAAUGUAACUGCUGGAGUUCAUACAUUAGAAAAUGUGAAUGGAACAUUGUUUGGAGCAUGGCAAUAUGGAUUUGCGAUGGGUUCCGACGGAGCAUAUGGCACUAUUGUUGGAAUGGACGCAAUCCCUAUAAAUGCAGACUGUGGAAAACCGCCGCCACCCAAGAAGGGCAAUGUCGCGACUCCUAAUGGUACAAAAUAUCUCAGCCAGGCUGUAUACAACUGUAACUAUGGAUACGUCCUUCAGGGUGAAAGUAAAAGAGUAUGUAACAACUCUAUGGACUGGAGUGGAACAACACCAACAUGCUUAGCAAAAGAUUGUGGAAAGCUUUCGGCACCAAGCAAUGGCAAUGUCAUGACUCCUAAUGGUACAAAAUAUCUAAGUCAAGCUGAAUACAAAUGCAUCUUUGGAUACGUUCUUCGAGGUGAAAUAAGGAGAAUUUGCAACGCUUCUGGUAACUGGAGUGGAACAUCACCAACAUGUGAGGCUAAAGAGUGUGGAAAGCUUUUGGCACCAAGCAAUGGCAAUGUCAUGACUCCUAAUGGCACAAAAUAUCUCAGUCAAGCUGAAUACAAAUGCAACUAUGGAUACGUAUUUCGAGGUGAAGUAAGGAGAAUUUGUAAUGCUUCUGGUAACUGGAGUGGAACAACACCAACAUGUGAGGCUAAAGAUUGUGGAAAGCUUUCGGCACCAAGCAAUGGCAAUGUCAUGAAUCCUAAUGGUACAAAAUAUCUCAGUCAAGCUGAAUAUAAAUGCGAAUACGGAUAUGUACUUCAAGGUGAAAUAAUGAGAAUUUGUAACGCUUCUGGUAACUGGAGUGGAACAACACCAACAUGUGAGGCUAAAGAUUGUGGACAGCUUUCGGCACCAAUCAAUGGCUAUGUUAUGACUCGUAAUGGUACAAAAUAUCUCAGUCAAGCUGAAUACAGUUGCAACUAUGGAUAUAUACUUCGAGGCGAAAUAAGGAGAAUUUGUAGCGCUUCUGGUAACUGGAGUGGAACAACACCAACAUGUGGGGCUAAAGAAUGUGGACAACUUUCGGCACCAAUCAAUGGCAACGUUAUGACUCCUAAUGGUACAAAAUAUCUCAGUCAAGCUGAAUACAGUUGCAACUAUGGAUACGUACUUCUAGGUGAAGUAAGGAAUAUUUGUAACGCUUCUGGUAACUGGAAUGGAACAACACCAACAUGUGGAGCUAAAGAUUGUGGAAAGCUUUCGGCACCAAGCAAUGGCAAUGUCAUGACUCCUAAUGGCACAAAAUAUCUCAGUCAAGCUGAAUACAAAUGCAACUAUGGAUACGUACUUCGAGGUGAAGUAAGGAGAAUUUGUAACGCUUCUGGUAACUGGAGUGGAACAACACCAACAUGUGAGGCUAAAGAUUGUGGAAAGCUUUCGGCACCAAGCAAUGGCAAUGUCAUGAAUCCUAAUGGUACAAAAUAUCUCAGUCAAGCUGAAUACAAAUGCGAAUACGGAUACGUACUUCAUGGUGAAAUAAGGAGAAUUUGUAAUGCUUCUGGUAACUGGAAUGGAACAACACCAACAUGUGAGGCUAAAGAAUGUGGACAGCUUUCGGCACCAAUCAAUGGCAACGUUAUGACUCCUAAUGGUACAAAAUAUCUCAGUCAAGCUGAAUACAAAUGCAACUAUGGAUACGUACUUCUAGGUGAAGUAAGGAAUAUUUGUAACGCUUCUGGUAACUGGAAUGGAACAACACCAACAUGUGGAGCUAAAGAUUGUGGACAGCUUUCGGCACCAAGCAAUGGCAAUGUCAUGACUCCUAAUGGCACAAAAUAUCUCAGUCAAGCUGAAUACAAAUGCAACUAUGGAUACGUACUUCGAGGUGAAGUAAGGAGAAUUUGUAACGCUUCUGGUAACUGGAGUGGAACAACACCAACAUGUGAGGCUAAAGAUUGUGGAAAGCUUUCGGCACCAAGCAAUGGCAAUGUCAUGAAUCCUAAUGAUACAAAAUAUCUCAGUCAAGCUGAAUAUAAAUGCGAAUACGGAUACGUUCUUCAUGGUGAAAUAAGGAGAAUUUGUAACGCUUCUGGUUACUGGAGUGGAACAACACCAACAUGUGAGGCUAAAGCCGACAGGAUGACAUGCUUACAAUGUAGGGAUGUGUACCACACAAAUCUAUGCAAUACAGUUACCAAGUGUGCUUUAGGACAGGUAUGCUAUGUGGAGAAAUUUACAACACAUAAUGGACAAGUCCGUUACAACACAGGAUGUGCCGAUUUAAAACAAUGCAGCAUCCACCAGCGACGUCAAAAGAGAUCCGCAAAUUGUCUCGAGUGCUGCACCUCUGAUCUAUGUAACUUUGCCGGAUGUGGAAGCCAAGGACUACCUGACCGGAACGAGAGAGGCCCUCUGUGUUACGAUUGUGCAUUCACGUAUAAUAUGGACGAAUGCAAAACCAUCAGCUUAUGUAAUCGCUAUGAAAGCUGCAGCAUUGAGAAAUAUGACUGGGGUGGUCUGUAUGAUCAAUUCAUAUCGGAAUGUAAAAAUAAUCAGUGCCUUUCUUUAAAACGGUCAGACAGAACAGGGAAGAAUUCCAGAAUGAUGUCAAGGUCCACUCCAAUUUGUCAGCGCUGUUGUGAGAAUGAUCUUUGCAAUUUUUAUUGCAAUGUUACAGCUCAGACUGACACUGGGGUAGCACUAAUUGGAUGACUAUAGCCAUGCAGAUGAUUCAAUGGAUUGUCCAAAAUGACUUGUCGUAAUUCAUUGUAUUAAAACUGCAUUGAUA